AUGAGUUCUCGACCGAAAAUACCUUUACUUGACGAACAUUACUGCCAAAUAUGUUCAACAACGAACCUGGGAACUAAAACUCCAUGUUUAGCGUGUUUCAAUUGUAAUCAUUGUAGUUUAGCAAUGUGUUACGACUGUUUUGAAAGACACACAAGUCAACUUGUGGGAGAAUACACUCAGUUACAAAAGCGCUUCUCACAAUUAGCAAAUCUGUUCGAUGAUAAGCGAAAAUUUCUGCAACAAUUUCAAGAUAAUUGCAUACGGAGCGUCAAUGCUGUUUUCGAUGAAGCACUUCAUGAUCUUGAAAACCUUCGAUAUGAAAGUAUCAAUUACGUUCGUAAACAAUUCAACGAUGCCGACACGGUCAUGUCGGAUUUAAUGGCAAAUUUGUUACCAAUCAUUACGAAAGCGCAACAGAACUGGUCGCGGGAUGGCGUAUCGAAGAAUGUCAUGCUGGAGCUCGAAUCUCAACAGAAACAAAUGAAUGAUAUCGAGAAUCGGUUGGAGAUCUUCUCUUCGCCAAAUUUACAAAUCAAAAUGUCGACGUAUCCACGAAACAACCUUGAUUUACAAUGUCAAUUACUUUUAAAUACCUAUUCAUCUCCAAAUAAAUUCUCUCAUACUUAUCCGGGUAAAAUCAUGUCGACGCGAUGUUCCUAUGGCAAAGAUGAAGAUUUGCACAAUGACAAAAUCGCUGUAGAAACCGAGGUCGAAGACUUCAUCGAACAUGUUCACACCAAUAAGCAGAUACAAACUGAUCCAAUUGUCGAUACAAGUUUAGAUACAGACGAUGAAGACGAAACUGAUCAAGUCACCAGUCAGAAUUAUCUAAGCAGACGUUUCACUCAACAAGGAACUAUAUUUACGCAAAAUGAAGUCGAUCGAAUUGCGAGCGACGGAGAGAAUCUUCUCUAUUAUUCAGACACAUCGAAAUCGAUAUGUUAUAUCACAAAUAUCGUUUCCACUCGACAAGCGAAUGGAACGUCCAUAACCGAAGAAAUCUCAUGUCGAUGGCCUUAUCAAUCGAUAAUCGAUUUGAUCUACUGUUCUACCACGUCUCAAUUCAUUUGUGCAACAAAAACUGGUAUUUACACAUGUACGAUUAAAGAUUCAACAACCAUAGAUAUCCAAAUGCAAAUAGUUCAAUUAUGGUCUUAUGUGCGGAUCUCAGCGGACGAAAAAUCUCUAUGGCUUUGGUCGGAUACUCCACGUACAAGUCAAUUGCGUACUUAUUCACCUCGGACAUUCGAAUGUAUAAAAAUCUUUGAUUUGAAGAACUAUCCACGCUUUCUGGACAAUAGUACAACAUUUUCUGUACAUGCGAAUAUUCUUGCAACGUUAUUUCAAUUUAAGAAAACAUCCGAUUCGAUGUGUGCAAGCAAAUUUUUCCAUUUAACAUUUUGUGAUAUUAAAGAUCUUCGUGAAAUCUGUACGAUACAAUUGGGUGAAUGCGAUAUCGAUCACGAAAUUCGUCAUAAUCGAGAUGGAUUAGUUUUUAUUACGAAUGGAAAGAAAAAACUCUGGAUUGUCGAUCCUUGCGGACGCAAAGAAUACGUGAAAUUAUAUCGGCUGGGGCGUGCAUUAACAUUACAUAAGACAAAUCAUAUAAUAAUUGCAAAUGGUACUCAACAAUUGCAAUGCAUUGAACAUGUACAAGAUGAGAAUGGGAUCAGUUAA